UGAGCCAACAAUCAGGCACACACCCUCACAUUCCAGCUCCUUGAGCUAACCAAAUCUUCCAUUAUAAUUCAAGAUUCCAUUGCAUUGCAUUGCCCCUGACCUGCCCCGCCCACUCUAUUUCUACUACUGCUAGUACUACCACCCACCAAAGAGAGAGCGAGUGUGUGUGUUUCUUCUUCUCCAUGGCAGUGCUCUUCCUGAGCUAAACAGACUAUCUUGAACUACCUCCCACCACUCCCCACCGCCGGUGAUGGCGGCAAUGCGGGGGCUGCGAAGGGCGGCCCUCGCCGUCCUCGUGCUCGCCGCGCUCCUCCCGGCCUACCUCUCCGACGACCUCAACACCGACACGCAGGCCCUGCAGGCGCUGCGCACGGCGGUGGGGCGGUCAGCGCUGCCGUCGUGGAACAGCAGCACGCAGACGUGCCAGUGGCUGGGCGUGGCCUGCGAGGGCGGCCGCGUCGUGGAGGUCCGCCUCCCGGGCGCCGGCCUCAUGGGCGCGCUCCCCUCGGGCGUCCUCGGCAACCUCACCGCGCUCCGCACGCUCUCCCUCCGCUACAACGCGCUGACGGGCCCCAUCCCCGACGACGUCUCCGGCAUGACCGAGCUCCGGGCCCUCUACCUCCAGCACAACGCGUUCUCCGGCGAGGUCCCCGCGUCGCUCUACACGCUCAAGAACCUGGUGCGGCUCAACCUCGGCGAGAACAAGCUCUCCGGCGAGAUCUCGACCGACUUCAACAAGCUCAACCGGCUCGGGUCGCUGCUCUUGGAGAGCAACGAGUUCGCCGGCGAGAUCCCCAAGCUGGACCUGCCCACCCUGGAGCAGUUCAACGUGUCCUACAACAGCCUCAACGGCUCCAUCCCCGCCAAGCUCCGGAAGAUGCCCAAGGACUCGUUUUUGGGCACGUCGCUCUGCGGCGGCCCGCUCGGGCUCUGCCCCGGCGAGACCGCCGAGACGCCUGCCGGGUCCGAACCUGGCGCUGGCCCGGGCGGCGCCGCGGACGUCGGCAAGAAGAAGAAGAAGCUCUCUGGAGGCGCCAUCGCCGGCAUUGCCAUCGGCUGCGUGUUCGGCGUGCUGCUGCUGCUUGCGUUGAUCUUCUUCCUCUGCCGGAAGAAGUCCAGCGGGGCUAGGUCCACUGCGGCGGUGGAGAAGGGGCGGGGCCUCGACAUGGCCUCGCUGGACGCGGAGCCCAAGGGGCAGAACGGGUCAGCAGCCGGCAACGGCAUGAACGGUGCCGCCGCUGGAGCAGUGCCGGCAGCCGCAGCCGCGGUUGCCGCUGCCAAGUCCGGUGGCUCGACGGCCGGGUCGAAGAAGCUGAUCUACUUCGGGCCCAUGGCCGCGGCCCCGCCGUUCGACCUGGAGGACCUGCUGCGCGCGUCGGCGGAGGUGCUGGGCAAGGGCGCGUUCGGGACGGCGUACAAGGCGGUGAUGGAGAGCGGCGCGGCGGUGGCCGUGAAGCGGCUCAAGGACGUGGACCUCCCCGAGCCGGAGUUCCGGGAGCGCAUCGCGGCCAUCGGCGCCGUGCAGCACGAGCUGGUGGUGCCCCUCCGCGCCUACUACUUCAGCAAGGACGAGAAGCUGCUCGUCUACGACUACAUGUCCAUGGGCAGCCUCUCCGCGCUCCUCCACGGCAACCGGUCGUCGGGUCGGACGCCGCUGGACUGGGAGACGAGGUCGGCGAUCGCGCUGGCGGCGGCGCGCGGGGUGGCUUACAUCCACACCACCUCCCCGACGGCGUCGCACGGCAACAUCAAGUCCUCCAACGUGCUGCUCACCAAGACCUACGAGGCGCGGGUGUCGGACCACGGCCUGCCCACGCUCGUCGGGCCCUCCUUCUCGCCCACCAGGGUCUCCGGCUACCGCGCGCCCGAGGUCACCGACAUCCGCCGCGUCUCGCAGAAGGCCGACGUCUACAGCUUCGGCGUCCUCCUCCUCGAGCUGCUCACCGGCAAGGCGCCCACGCACGCCGUCGUCAACGAGGAGGGGCUCGACCUGCCGCGCUGGGUGCAGUCCGUCGUGCGCGAGGAGUGGACCGCCGAGGUGUUCGACCAGGAGCUCCUCAGGUUCCAGAACGUCGAGGAGGAGAUGGUGCAGCUGCUCCAGCUCGCCAUCGACUGCUCCGCGCAGCACCCCGACAAGCGGCCCACCAUGGCCGAGGCUGCCGCCAGGAUCGACGACAUCCGGCGCUCCGGACAGCACACCACCACAACAACAGAGAGCCCCGUCACCGGCCCUGAAAACGAAGGCGACGAGCCUUCCCUAUAAUGCAGUGACCGGAAAAAUUGCUUAGUUCUUUGCACGGAUCAUCAGAUCUCUUCCCUCCCUCCUCUCCUCCCAGCUACUUUUGGUUCAUCAGCAACAACUUGUGCAUGUCUUCAUUGUUUUUCUUCUUUUUCUUUUUCAGCCUUCUUUCUCACGGGCUUUGAUUCGAUUCUACUAUAGCACAUGUAUGCCAGUCGCUCUGUAAGCUUUGAUUCUUGGAAAGUAACACUCCUUCGUUGA